GUGUGACUGUCACAUUAAAAUCAAUGUUAUUCACUUUACCUUUCAGUGGGUUUAAUGUUAUGGCUGAAGGGUGUGCAAAACAUAUAGCAAGUCUAUAUUAUUAUUUUUAAUACACUGUCGUAUUGUUAAACUUUUAAUGGCACCUUCACAGUCAUAUUCUUUUUUUCCAUUCAGAAAGCCAAAAAUCCCUAUGCGAAACACAAGGGGGAUUUGCAGAUGUUGGAACAGUUUUCAUCUGGAACUCAUUUCUCUCUGUCUAUACUUGCAAAUGUAGCAUUUUACGGAGCAGUUCAUCACGUUGGAUUGAACAAAGGAGAAUACAGGGAUCUCCUUGCCUCCUCUAGCCUGGCACACCUUCGCUCUCUAAAGAAGAUAACUUUCAGCAUUGCUUUUAAGGCUUCCCGUAACACUGGCUGCUGUAGACAUUUUAUAGUCUACUCCUCCCAUGAAAUGACCGAUAAGGAAGACUUGGCCUGAAUCUUCCCCGUCUUGAUACCAGAGAUUAAUCAUAUGGCUUUUUUACAGAAACUUAAUCACAUAUUGCUGUUUCUGCUUGUCUUGACAUUUUGUGCAAUAUGGUAUAGCACAAUCUAUAAGGCACCCACCCUGAAGGAAGAGGAAGACAUUGCUUUGGAAGAGGAAGAAGAGGAGGAUGUCAUUCCAGUUGUGAUCUGUGCCGCAGCGGGCCGUAUGGGUGCCACCAUAGCUGCCAUCAACAGCAUCUACAGCAACACGAAUGCCAAUGUGCUGUUUUAUAUUAUCGGCCUGAGGAAUUCUUUGACUCAUAUCAGAAAAUGGAUUCAAGAAACACAGUUGUCAGAAAUCCAAUUUAAAAUUGUGGAGUUUAACCCCAUGGUUCUAAAAGGAAAAAUUCGCCCUGAUGCAGCUUUACCUGAGCUUCUUCAACCACUGAAUUUUGUGCGUUUUUAUCUACCAUUGCUUACUUCGGAACACGAGAAAGUCAUUUAUUUGGAUGAUGACAUCAUUGUUUUAGGAGAUAUCCAGGAACUUUACAACACUAGAAUAUCCAGAGGACACAUUGCUGCAUUUUCUGAUGACUGUGACUUGCCAUCACUCCAUGACGUUAUCACAAGAGAAGGGAUACAGAACACAUACAUGGGGUUUCUUGACUACAGAAAGAAGGCAAUACAGAAACUUGGAAUUAGCCCAAGUACAUGUUCUUUCAACCCAGGCGUGUUUGUAGCAAAUAUGACCGAGUGGAGACAGCAUCACAUCACAAAAAAACUGGAGAAAUGGAUGAAGAAAAAUGUGGAAGAGAAUCUGUACAGCAGCACUGUUGGCGGUGGAGUAAGUACUCCUCCUAUGCUUAUUGUGUUCCAUGGAAAAUAUUCUGCCAUCCCUCCAACCUGGCACAUUCGGCAUCUAGGGUUGAAUCCCGAUGACCAGCUUUCUCACAACAUAGUUCAGGAUGCCAAGCUGCUUCACUGGAAUGGACGAUUCAAACCCUGGAAGUUUGCCAGCUCACACUACAAGCUUUGGGAGAAAUGGUUUAUCCCUGACCCCACUGGAAAGUUUAAGAUCCGCCGCACCUAAAGUAGACAGGUUUUAGUUUGUACACAUUAACUAAAAUAAAUUGUGUUUGUAAAUAAUUUCGUGUUUGUGAUCUAUUUGGUAAUGCAUCUGCAACAGAGAGUGGGUGCCCUUUACAGACAUUUUGUUGUGGGCAUGUCGUUUUUGUGGAUGGUAGAUAUUAAAGGUAAAACUUUUAAAACGGAUAUGAUUGGCCACACGGAAAG